CAGGAGUCCCCCAAGGGUCAGUCUCUCCUGUUCUCUCUCUACACACGCUCCCUGGGCCCCCUCAUCGCAUCCUAUGGUUUCUCAUACCAUUUCUAUGCUGAUGAUGCUCAGAUUUUUCUCUCCUUCCCCACAUCUGUCUCCACCAUCCCCUCCCGUAUCUCUACCUGUCUGUCUGCUAUUUCCUCCUGGAUGCACUCGCAUCACCUCAAACUCAACCUCUCUAAAUCUGACCUCCUUUUCUUUCCCUCCUCCUCCUCCCCCUCCUCUGAUCUCUCUAUCUCUGUUCCUCUGGAAUCUACCACACUCUCUCCCUCUUCCUCAGCUAAGAACCUUGGAGUCACCCUGGACCCCUGCCUCUCUUAUUCCCAGCACAUCUCCACUCUGGCACGCACUUGCCGAUUCUUCCUGAGCAACAUCCGAAGAAUCCGACCCUUCCUCACCAACUAUGCCACCCAGCUCCUGGUCCAGGCCCUGGUACUCUCCCGCCUAGACUACUGCAACUCCCUCCUGGCUGGCCUCCCUGCGUCUGCCACCCGUCCGCUCCAGCUCAUCCAGAACUCUGCUGCCCGCCUGGUGUUCUCUCUGCCUCGCUUCGGCCACGCUACUCCACUACUCCGCUCACUCCACUGGCUCCCGAUCACCGCUCGCACCCAGUUCAAGACUCUUGUACUAGCCUACAGAUGCCUUGACCAGACUGCACCCAGCUACCUCCAGACCCUCAUCUCUCCCUACACCCCCACUCGACCUCUCCGCUCCGCCUGCACUAGAAGACUAGCUCUACCUCCGCUACGCCCCCCUGCCUCCAGAGCCCGCUCCUUCUCCACCCUUGCUCCGCAGUGGUGGAAUGACCUUCCUACAGAUGUCAGGACUGCCCAGUCCCUGACCACAUUCCGGCGCCUCCUUAAGACUCACCUCUUCAGACAGCACCUGUAGAACUCCUCUGUUUUUCCCCUGGGACACUUAUCACCCUUCCUUAAAUGCGCUUUACUUGCUCUUAUCUGCAUUUAAUCCUGUACUUCAGAGUACUGUAAUCUGCCAAGUGUUUAAUCUGUAGUAUUUUGUAUUUAAUCAUAUCCUGAUGUAACCAUCACUGACACUGUAAUCUGCUGUAUUAUUGAAUUGUAUUUUGUCACACUUGUACUUGCUUGAACCAAAGUCAUUGUAUUUAUCUUGCUCUUAAUUGUAUUAUUACUUCUACUGUGAUACUUGAAAUGUAUUUGCUUACGAUUGUAAGUCGCCCUGGAUAAGGGCGUCUGCUAGGGCAGCAGUGUGGAGUAGUGGUUAGGGCUCUGGACUCUUGACUAGAAGGUCGUGGGUUCAAUCCCUAGUAGGGGACACUGCUGUUGUACCCUUGAGCAAGGUUCUUUACCUAGAUUGCUCCAGUAAAAACCCAACUGUAUAAAUGGGUAAUUGUAUGUAAAAAUAAUGUGAUAUCUUGUAACAAUUGUAAGUCGCCCUGGAUAAAGGUGUCUGCUAAGAAAUAAAUAAGAAGAAGAAGAAGAAGAAGUUAAUAAUAAUAAUAUAGGCACUGUUGGAAUGUAGAACAGGAAUAAGUGGCCAUUCUUAUUAAAUAAAUAAACGUUACUUAUUAUUGGAUUGUGCUUGAUUCUUGUGACAAAUGCUGAAUUCUCUCUUUGGAGGCAAAUUAUAUUAAAAUACUUUUUCUGUCUCAAAUAUACGAGUGUUGACUCUUCUGCACUGUAUGUGUCUAAUCAGAGUGCCUAUGUUAAAUUACAUUGCAGAGGGGAGAACACUCACCUGGAUUCCAAACAUUUCAGUGCAAACCAGGCAUUUGUAAUGUUAAUUGUAUUACACUUACUGAA